GCCUGUACUUCUGUAUCAUCGGUGCGGAGAAGUUUGUACUGGAUGUUGAAUUAAUCAAGCAGAGAGAGAUGGAGAGAUGCCUGACUCUUGUUUUACUGUAUUCAAUUAUAAUAUUCAUCACAGCUGACCGUGUGUAUGUGCGGUUGGUUGGUGGUCACAGUCGCUGUGCUGGUAGAGUGGAGGUUCUUCAUAGAGGUCAGUGGGGAACAGUGUGUGAUGAUUUCUGGGAUAUGGCUGAUGCUGCAGUGGUGUGUAGAGAGCUGGACUGUGGAGAACCUGUAGAUGCUCUGGGUGAUGCUCAUUUUGGACCAGGAUCAGGACCAAUCUGGAUGAGUUAUGUCGCGUGUACUGGAUCAGAGUCAACACUGAAGAACUGUGGGUCGUCCGGAUGGGGUAAAAGCAACUGUGAUCAUAUAAAUGAUACUGGAGUCAUCUGUUCAGAAGUCCGGCUGGUUGGAGGUUCUCGCUGCUCUGGGAGGUUAGAGAUACUUGAUGAUCAGUCGUGGGUGUCAGUGUGUGACGCUGCCUUUGACCAGCAGGAUGCAGAGGUUGUGUGUAGAGAGCUGGACUGUGGGGCUCCUGUACAGGUGCUGGGAGAAGAUGCUUUUGGAAAAGGAGACGCUCAGAUGUGGACACAAGAGAUUCAGUGCAGAGGAAAUGAGUCUCAGAUUCACUUCUGUUCAAAAUCAAUAUCAUAUGAAAACAACUGUUCACAUGAGCACAAUGUUGAACUGGUGUGUGCUGAUCCAAUGAAUGUGCGGUUGGUUGGUGGUCACAGUCGCUGUGCUGGUAGAGUGGAGGUUCUUCAUAGAGGUCAGUGGGGAACAGUGUGUGAUGAUUUCUGGGAUUUGGCUGAUGCUGCAGUGGUGUGUAGAGAGCUGGACUGUGGAGAACCUGUAGAUGCUCUGGGUGAUGCUCAUUUUGGACCAGGAUCAGGACCAAUCUGGAUGGAUGUUGUAUCAUGCACUGGAUCAGAGUCAACACUGAAGAACUGUGGGUCAGCAGGAUGGAACGUACAUACCUGUACUCACAAUUAUGAUGCCGGUGUCAUCUGUUCGGGUGAAUAAUUGAACUGAUUGCCC